AUGGCAAGAUCAAUUUUUAAAUACUCAGAAAAUGAUGUGUUAUCUGUACGUCUUAGUGGUGUUGAUAAAAAUAACAAAGGAUGGCAACUAAAAAGUAAUGAAAUUGAAUUUAUAAUAAAUAACGAAUAUCGAAUUAGACAACCUAAAGGUGCACUCACCAUUCUUGAUGAACAAAGUAAUUUCAUAGGAUUCAUAAGAUCUAAACCUGAAAAAAAAGGUAAGAUGGUUAAUGAAUGGGGUCCUAAA